AUGUCCCAUUCAAUCCUCCUGACCGGCGUGUCGGGCUACCUCGGCGGCAGUCUCCUAGCCCAGGUAGGCAACGCCCUCCCAGCACACAAAUACAAAAACCUCUACGCCCUAGUCCGGACGGACUCGCAGGCCUCGGCCGCCCGGGACCAUGGCGCCACCCCCCUGCGCUUCGACGUCAAAGACGCAUCCGCGGUGAAGGCGGCCCUCCUCGAGCACGAGAUUACCGUGGUCUUCUUCCUCAUCGACGCCCUCACGGCCACGACGCAAGCGCACUUCAUCGACGCCCUUGCCAGCGUGAAGGCCGAGUUGGGCGGUGGCGUCGAUGUCCACUUCCUCCACACCAGCGGCGCCAAGAUCUUCUCCAGCCACGCGGGCGCCCCGACCGAGGGCCCCCUCUUCGACGACGACCCGGCAUUAUACGACGUGCAGAAGGGGCAGAAGCCGAUCAUUCCGCUCCUGCAAUCGGCCAUUGACGCCAACAAUAUCGUCGUCGAGCGCGCCAACGCGCAAAAUGUGCGCUGCUACAUCUUCGUGCCGUGCAUCGUGUACGGUCCCGGCCGGGGGUUCGGGAACCGCAUCUCCAUCCAGACCGUCGCGAUCGUGAAAGCCGCGCGCGCCGCGCGGAGGGUAUAUUCAGUGGAUGAACCACCCUCGAGUGCGACCUGGCCUGUGUGUCACGUUGAUGAUAAUACGGGGCUGUAUCUCGCGUUGCUGGAUGCGAUUCUCGCUGAGAAGGACCCCGCGAGCGGUAAGAAGGGCUAUUACCUUGCCUCGUCGGGGAGUGUGGUGUGGGGGGACCUGUACGCGGCGAUGGCGCGGCGGUUGGCAGAACGGGGCGUCGUUGAUUCUGGGGACGUUGUUCCCGCGGAAGGGGACGCGGAUGUGCUCACGACGAUGGGACGGGGGCUGGGAUGUCCGCCGGCGUUGGUCGGGUUGAUGUUAGGAGGAAGAUGCACAUUCACGGCUCGGCAUGCUGGCGCGGAACUCGCGUGGACGCCGCGGUUCAAGGCAGAGCAUAUCCUCGAGACGGCCGCCGAGGAGGUUGAUUUGAUACUGGGAAAUCUGGCAGAGUCGUGA